GAAUGCUCCCAGUGAGCCGUGAGUUCUGGAUGGGGGUCUAAGCCGAGCUCACAUCAGCGAGGCUGACAGGCAGCCUGGGGCACAGACCCAACCUCUUUUCUCCCUCUAAGUUUGCCCUCUCUCAAGGACUUAGAAGUCAACUCCUCCAAUGCCAUCACAGAAGGGCAGAACCCUGAUGGAGGGAAUGAGGGAGGGAGUGGCAGUUGCCAGGCAACCAGUCUAGCCCACCCUUGUUUGCUCUGGUGGCGGCAGCAAAGGUGUGGUCAGAGUAUUUGGCAACACCCUGGGCUGCCAACAGUAAUUUCUUUGAAUUGGGGCAUAGCUGUGGUCACCUGGCAGCCUCUUCCACCCAGGAACCCCAAAGUCUGAAGCCGGAAGGACAAUCCUGACUUGCCUUGCCCUCAGAAGACUCGGAACUAUUGCUAGAAGAACCAGAUUUCCAUGGGCCAAAUGGUAUCCCCAAGGAGCACCCAGAAUGAAGACUUCUGGAAGAACCCGUGGGAUGUGGGGGGCCUGAUAGUGGUUUGCUUGUUCACCUCCGCGUUCCUGUUCCUCAUCUUAUUUGCUGUUGUGUUUGGGUAUGUGGAAAAGGCUGCAUGGAGAAAGGCUCUGUAUGAAGAGGAGUGACCUGUCUUCCCGGGGGCCUAGAAGGCAGCAGGGAGAGACCGACUGGCCUGCUCACCCUACCAGCAGUGGGCGUCCAGUCCCUCUGGCUCAAGAAAGAACCUAUGGGCACCACUGGACCUUGCCUAGGGUUCAUCAGUUAGCCAGGUGAGAAGGCUGGUCUGGUACCAUUUCUGGUCUCUCACCCUGCCAGCAGCUCAACACUGUAAGCACAUGGAGAGCAGCUCUGCUCUGCCUCAGACGAGAGCAGCAAUGGCUAACAAGAUCCUCUGAGGAGGGUCCCUGCCCAAGCAGCUAUUUCCAAGUCCUUGACAGAGAAGGACACGAAAUGUCAAAUGAAGUAAAAAUUCCUUUCCGAUCCA